UUACAUUCCAUAAUAUUAGUUUUUGUACUCAAAGGGUUGAAAAGAAUAUAGACGUGACAAUUCAAGAUUUGCCUCAACAUAGAACAUACAAAAUGAAUGCAAGAUGAUGGGAAACAAACUCAGUUUAGGAUCUUGCGUUUUAUGAUGAUUCACUUCUCUUAGAGCACCUGCAUCAUUAGCAGAACAUUUAAGCCUAUGAAGGAGUAGUGCUAAUUAUUUCCGAUCAUAAUACCUUUCGUUUUUUAACUAUUUGCCGACAUAUAAUUUUUCAAUACGAAUGUUAUGGUUUUAAUGAUAGAAAAUAUUGAUAAAAGUCACUUUGAAAAGAAAUUAAUCAGAAAUCAAACAAAUAUACUUGCUUCGGAAAUGAAAUAUUUACUCCUACACGGCAACAAAAAAGUAAAUUAGAAAGUAUACUGGGUCGCCAUUUUGGAAUAAGAAUACAAGGCCAUUGUCAUUUUUGGUGAAAACAAACUUCAUUCCUCCGGAAUGGAGGAGAUUAAAGAGACAAAAAUCAUCUAUCAUAUCGACGAUGAAGAUACUCCGUAUUUAAUAAAGCUCAAUAUUCCUGCAGAUCGCGUGACACUGGGAGAUUUUAAAAAUGCACUCAAUAGACCAAAUUACAAGUUCUUCUUCAAAUCUAUGGAUGAUGACUUUGGUGUUGUCAAAGAAGAAAUCAUAGAUGAAGAGCAGAGGCUACCUUGCUUCAAUGGCAGAGUGGUUUCCUGGCUGGUUGCAGCAGAGAGCAGCAAUGCUUCCGACACACAGUCCCAGUGCACGGACAUGCAGCCUGGGGACCUACACAUGCCCAUAGAGCGCGUGGGAGGCAUAGGGGACAGUAGGCCUCCAUCCUUUCAUGCCAAUGCUUCUGUUGCCAGUAGGGAUGACCACUGUGACACGUGUACAGAGACAGAUUCUCUCAUAAGCUCUCGACGGGAUGGCCGCCAUAGGAGUUCCCGCCACAGCUCUCAUAAAAUGUGCAAUCACAGCUGCUGUCAUAGCAGCAUGUCUACCUCCAGCCUCGCUCACCCAGGUCCUCGGUUGAAUGGUCACGCCAAGAUGGACCCCCGACUGAGGCGCCCCCACGGUCACUCUUACGAGUCCUCCACAAUGCUAAGUAGCGACCUUGAAACCACCAGCUUCUUCGACUCGGAGGACGACACCAUGAGCAGGUAUACAUCAAACACAGAGACCACGUCACGGUCAUCAGCCAGGUAUGGUCGCCACAAGAAACGCCGACAUAAGCGGAGGCUUCCUCCAAUUAGUCGUGCCUCCUCGUUUUCCAGUAUCACUGACUCCACGAUGUCUCUCAACAUUAUCACAGUUACCCUCAACAUGGACACUGUGAAUUUCCUGGGGAUCAGUAUUGUUGGACAGAGUAACAAGGGUGGUGAUGGAGGCAUCUAUGUGGGGUCCAUCAUGAAAGGGGGAGCUGUUGCGCAGGAUGGGCGGGUAGAGCCCGGUGACAUGAUCUUGGAGGUCAAUGGGGUCAGCUUUGAGAACAUGAGCAACGACGACGCUGUGCGUACACUGCGAGAGGCUGUACAGAAACCUGGACCCAUCACCCUGGUAGUAGCCAAGUGCUGGGACCCGAACCCCAAGGGCUACUUCACCGUGCCGAGGCAGGAGCCGGUGCGACCUAUUGACCCCUCAGCGUGGGUGGCGCACACGACCGCCUUGAAACAAGAGUACCUAAGCAGGGGCGUACCCAGUACUUCGCUUAGCAACAUGACGUCUACCAGCUCGUCCAUAUCUAGUUCAAUACCGGAGUCAGAGAGAUUUGAUGACCUGAAUCUCACUAUCAACACGGACAUGGCCACUGUCGUCAAGGCGAUGGCCUCGCCGGACUCGGGUCUGGAGAUACGGGACAGGAUGUGGCUCAAAAUCACUAUACCCAAUGCAUUCAUAGGCUCGGACCUUGUGGAGUGGUUGUUCACACACGUGGAAGGGUUUGCGGACCGGCGGGACGCGCGGAAGUAUGCCUGCAACCUCCUUAAGGCCGGCUUUAUCAGACAUACUGUGAACAAGAUCACCUUCUCAGAGCAGUGCUACUACGUGUUUGGAGACCUCAGUGGGGGAGGAAUGAUCUACCCAGAUUUUUCCACAUUGAGCCUGGAAGACGUGGACUCGGUAUCCGAAGCAGACCGUGACACUCUGGCCCCCCUUCCCCCGCCCCAGUGGAAUACCUCCUACACCUACUCGGGCUCAGGGUUCAUGCCGCAGAACAUCAGCUACUGCCCGCCCUACAGUUACACCAGCACAGAUUCUCAGAGCUUUGUUGGCAGUUUUGUAGACGGUGGGGACAGCCGUGUGAGCGGCUUGAGUGGAUUCGUCGGUCCUGCGGGCCAGGGUGGGAACAACAGCGCCAGCUCUGUACAUAGUGGGCACAGCGGCUCGGGGGUUACCCCUAAAAAUGACUGUGCAUGUAUUGUAAGCACCGUUAACAAAUUAAGUCGGCUGUGGGAGAACAAGGAUAAGCAGGAAUACCAAGAAAAACAGCAACAGCACCUUAAACAACAACAACAACAGCCCCACGGUGCUACCAAGAACUCUAGUACUAACAAUGCACCAAACUAUAACCAUUUUGCAAUGAAUAACUUUCACGGUGUUGCCGCGGGUAACCUGUCCCACAACACUUACACCCAGUUAGGCAUGAACUCCUACCCCACCCACCUGCCGGUACAUGGGGCCCGGGAUGGGCGAGAUUCAUCAAGUGGAAGUAGUGCUUCUGGAAGCAGUAGGAAAGACAAGAAAGAGAAGAAAUCUAGUCCAGCUAAUAGUGGUGGGAGCGAUACAGAAACUGUUGCUAGUUCUCGCAUGGAUGACGGAGGGUCCCGGCCUGUGGGUCUGGGCGUGCCCCAGGAUGUCAGUGCCAGUAGACAGUCCUUCCGUAUGGCCAUGGGCAACCCAUGUGAGUUCUUUGUGGAUGUCAUGUGAUCUGUGUUAGCCAAUAACUGCCUGGGUAUCAUGAACAACCAAUGAAACACUUGUUUUAUAACAGCCUGGGGAUUGUAUUGUUUUAUCAUGAACAACCAAUGAAAACACUUGUUAUAUGACAGCCUGGGGAUUUGUAUUGUUGCAUAAUGAACAACCAAUUAAAAGAUAAACCAAUGUUAAACGCCAAAACACCCUUACGAUUUAUUCUAGUAUCAUGAACAACCAAUUAAAACAUGUUAUUCCCCCAGAUGUCAUGUGACCCACUUUCAUGUGAUGUCUGUGUUGAUUGGUAGAGGAUUGUUUAAUAGGAUUGCACCAGUGUUAAUGAUGAAUAUAAGCCAAUGAAAUUGCUUGUUAAAUGUUGUGAUUUUUCUUGCUUUUUGUCUUGCAUUGAAAAGUGCAUAUUGACUGAUCUAUAGAAUUUGUGCAUUGAAACAGUAUGAUCAAUAUUGGCCAUUGGCAGGUGCUGUUAUGAAACUGUGAUUGAAUGAAUUGUAAACAACCAAUGAAAAUGUGAAUGGAAAUAAACCAAUUCUUGAAUUCAUUAAACUAAAAGCAGCAUCAGUGUUCAAGAUUUUUAUAUAAUCAGUUUACAUCUACAAGAUAAAGCAAAAAAUGUGCACAGGUCAAGGCAUAAUUAAAAAGAACAAAUUAAAAUUGAAACCCUAAAGCCAGAUGUUUUCAUUGCUUACUGUUGAAGUAAAUAAAAAUAUUUAUUUAAGGAUAAUAUUGUUUUGAAAACUGGCCUUUUUUGUAAUAACUCAAUAUGGACCAAGUAUGUGCCGUUUGUUACUACAUAAAGGAAAUUAAAAAUGUUUUGGUAGUGUUUAUAAUACAGUAGUAAAAGUAGAGACAAGUGUUAUACACCCAAGCCUUCUUAUUUAGUUAUUUGGCAGGAAGGUUUUUGCCUGCAUUACCUCCAAGUCAAGGUCACUGUUAUUAACAGCAUUAUUUCAGUAAUAAACAACAUUAUUUUAGUAAUUUUCAACAUUAUUUAAGUAAUUUAUAACAUUAUUUCCAAAAAUUAUGAAGAUACAUGAAAGGAUUAAUUAAUGCAGCGAAUACAAAUAACCAAUCAAAAACCAACAUACAUUUCAUACACCAAGUAACCAAUCAAAAACCAACAUAUAUUCCAUGCACUUCACUUGUUUUGCUGAUGUCCGCAUGAAUCAUUUUAUAUUAUUUCAAUAUUUCAAUGUUUGAGCAUUUAAUAUCAAUCUUAAUAUUAAUGUAUGAAUCUCCCUCUGGGACAAUGGGCUUUAUUGCAUGUGUGUAAAGUUUUGUCCCAAAUUAGCCUGUGCAGUCCGCCGAGGAACAACACUUUUGGCUUAGACUGGAUUUUCGUUUAGAAGAGAAUUCCUAUAAAUGAAAAAUUCUAUUAACCCUAUGCAUGCUGGGAAUUUUGUCGUCUGCUAAAAUGUUGUCUGCUGAAUUUCUAAAAUUAGCAUUUUCUUCGAUUUUUUUUUCAAAGAAUACUAUAAGAAUAGCAAACAGUUUGGAUCCUGAUGAGACGUCACGUUCUGUGGCGUCUCAUCUGGAUCCAAACUGUUUGCAAAGGCCUUCAAAAUUCAGUUCCCGCACUGAAAGAGUUAAGGGGAAUGCAUUUCUUAUUUGCCUGUGCAGAGUGCAUAGGCUAAUCUGUGAGGACUCUACGCACAUCCAUUACGCCCUGUUUUACUAGAGCAUGGCCUAUAUAUAACUUAUGAGAUACAAGUUGACGACUUUGUAAUUAGGAUUUUCAUUGGUUGGAUGUGACGCAUGAUCGUUGUACUGUGAAUGUUCUAAUAUUGUUGUCAUUCACUAAUAAUGCAAUAUGUGGAUGUAAAGCAUGAACUUGUGUUUUAUUAUAUUUUGUUCUAUUAAUCUGUGUUUAAAAAAUACUGAAAUUAUGAUGUAUGUUCUACCAUAGAUUUUAUUUAUUAAAAAAAUACUAUCCCUGAGUUUAAUUGAUUGAUUGUAUGUAAAUGUUUUUCAUUUAAAAAAUGAUUGAAGUAAUUUUAAAUCACUCAUCGUGACAAUAUUUUGUUCCAUUUUUUCAAGCAUUGAAAAUUAUAUAAGGAACACAGUUAAGGUUCAGUAUAUAAGAAGUUAUUAGGGGCUUGUGAUGUAAGCUGAUUGGAUGAUAUAAAUAGGUAUAUAAUAAACCAAUUCCUGUGUAUUAAAUGGUUGACCAGCUAUCUUGUAUGGGCAUCAUAACAGUUUGCUUAAUAGUCAACAUUACAUUUUAAUUUCAAUGUGACAAAAAGCCAUGAAGACUUGGUAUAAUACAAAAGUAAGUUUUCAUCUUGACCUUUGUGCACUUAACAAUGUGUUUUUAAAUUUGUAGGAAAACUGCUUGAAUUAUGUUAAAUGGUUUGUGACAUUAUCAGUCAGGUAUGUUAUGUCUCAGUCUGGUUGGGGAAAUACUUAAUUAUUCUGUUACCUAACCAUAAAUACAUUCAAAACUGGCAUAACUGACAAAAUGUGUACUGCAUUCUUAGACUUAGUUAUGAACUUCUUAGAAAACCACAAAAAGCAUCGGUCUGCUGUCAUAUUUAACACAAAUGUAUAGGGCUGCUGUCUGUUUUAUCAAGUGAGCUGUUCAGAAAAUGGAUACUGACACGCCCAAAACAACUCAUGUGGGAAACUUAAGUAACUUUUUAUGCUCCCAGAUCAAAAGAUCAGGGGUAUAUUUUUUUUGGCCUGUCUGUCUGUCUGUCAUUGUGUCAGUCAGUCUGUCAGUCAGUUAUUGUAUGUGUGUGUCACAAAACUUGUGCAAUAUUGAAGAUAGCAAAUUCAUAUUUGGCGUGCAUGUGUAUCUCAUGGAGUGGUGAAAAGUCAAGGUCAAGGUCAUCCUUCAAGGUCAAAUAUCGUUGUAUUUUUCGUUCCUAAAGCUUUAACCUUUGUUAAAGUUUUGUCAUAACUUUUUAGAUAUUGAAGAUAGCAACUUGAUAUUUGGCAUGCAUGUGUAUCUCAUGGAGCUCCACGGUUUGAGAGGCUUAAUGUCAAGGUCAAGGCCAUUGUUCAAGGUCAAAGGUCAAAUUUAUGACUUCAAAGCGGCCCAAUAGGGGGCAUUUUGUUUAUGACAAACACAUCUCUUGUUUUUUUAUAAUAAAAUUCCUAAACCUUUGGCUGCAGGGUUCGACACUAAGGCACGUCCGACAGACAUUGUCUAGUAAGAUCGGUGGUCGGGCUAGUAAACUGUGGGCUAGCUUGUCAUAAAUAAUACAUAAAUAAUAAAAAAAAUCUAUACUUGUUCAUAUAACUAUCCGACUGGUGGUACAUAAAUAAUAAAAAAAAUCUAUACUUGUUCAUAUAACUAUAAAUAACUGCUGUGAAAACUUUACUUUUAAUUUGUAAACUUACUAUCGUAUCCAUUAUUUACAUUUUAAAAAAACACAAGUAUAUUUAAAUAAACGCGGAGCAUUCACAUGAUUCAUCGCUAUAUUUAGACGCAAAGGAGAGCUUCCUGCAGAAAUUGCUUGUUUCAAUUGGUCAAGUUGUCAUGAGUAUUAAUGAUUUUCUGCAGUGUCGUUAAACUGUAGAGCAUGAUUUUACGACUUCUAUCUAAAUCGGUAUCGUCAAUGUAAACAUUUUUCGUAACAGACAAGAUAAUGUAAUUUAAAGAAUGGCUUUGUUCAAGUUCGGAUUUUUGUCAGACAAAUCAGUUAAUAAAAAAGAAUCCGACGCUAAACUGACACGAAACGUAAAAAUGAAGAAACACGAAAACGUCAAUUUUAUCCUAGAUGGAAAAUGGAGUCAGUUCCCAUGGCUUGAAUUUGACGAAGAAAAACAAAAAAAAGGGUUAUUUGAUUGUUUUACUCUAUGCAUAAAAAAAUCAUGUGUUCACUGAUUAUUUACUGAUAAAUCCUGAUUAAACAGUUACAUGACACAAUUGUGUUCAUUUGCUAUGUCAUUUAUGGUCUAGUAGACAUCAGGUUAGGGCUAGUACAUUUUAAGCGGAGCUGGUCCGACGGUCUUGCUGUAAAAAGAGUUAAUGUCGAACCCUGGGCUGUUGCAUAUAUUUGCUUUUGGUUUGCGACAUGACCAGUUACCCCUUUUUUUAUUUAUUAAAGAUAAGUGUAGUCCAGUCUUUUGCAGAAACACUAUGAUGCUAUUUUGACUAUGCCGGGCAUAGUCUGCCCAGUAGUGCAACAAAAUGCGACUAAGGAUUUUACUAGGAAAUGUUGAUUUUUUGUUCAACUCAAUAUGCUUAAUCUUACUUUAUUUUUUAAAGUAGAAUUUUUCUUAAGUUCUUGCUGAAAACCAAUGCAGAAAAACGACCAGUUAAGGCGUACCAUACAUAAUUAUGGGAAUCUGCAUGCACAGAAUAUGCUAUCUUAUCACUUCAACUGGUUAUCUUUAAAACUGUUUGUGUGCAAUUUCAUGAUUGUACCAAAAAUAAUAUGCCAUGGCGAUACGUUUAAAAAGUCUUACAUUUAAUAUAGACUAAGUUACAGACAUGCCCUGUUUACUUUACUGCAUCGAAAAAAAUACCUGUGUUGUUUUGAUCACCCUUUUUAACAGAGGCUGAUUAAAAGCCUCUACCCAUUAAUUUUAUGCCCCCCUUCGAAGAAGAGGGGGUAUAUUGCUUUGCACAUGUCGGUCUGUCGGUCCGUCCACCAGGUGGUUUCCAGGUGAUAACUCAAGAAAGCUUUGGCCUAGCAUCAUGAAACUUAAUAGGAACAUUGAUCAUGAUUCGCAGAUGACCCCUAUUGAUUUCGAGGUCACUAGGUCAAAGGUCUAGGUCACGGUGACCCGAAAAAGAAAAAUGGUUUCCGGAUGAUAACUCAAGAAUGCUUAGGCCUAGGAUCAUGAAACUUGAUAGGUAGAUUGAUCAUGACUCGCAGAUGACCCCUAUUGAUUUUCAGGUCACUAGAUCAAAGGUCAAGGUCACAGUGACCUGAAAUAGUAAAAUGGUUUCCGGAUGAUAACUCAAGAAGGCAUAGGCCUAGGAUCAUGAAACUUGAUAGGUAGAUUGAUCAUGACUCGUUUUAAUGAUGAAGUUGUUCCCUAAAUCAAAACUAGCAGUAGUUUUUUUAUGUACUAAAUCAGCUAUUGAACCAAUCAUUUUUCACAAAAUCAAUUUGUAAGGGUCUCUUCCUUAAGCAAAACGUGAUACCAUUAGUUAUAGUCUUCACAUUAUGUAGUAUAAUAACUUACUUUUAUAAUGACAAACAUAACACGGAAGGCUCCUGUGAAAUUAAUCUAAUUUCUAACAACUUCUGACGAAACCAUGUUGUACAGCAUGUUUGUUGUAUAUUAAUUAUUCUUUCACCUCAUAUGAGUGCAAAAUAUGUUAUAUCCUCCCAAAGUUGAAGUUAUGCCAUAUUUCACAUGAUGAUAGGCUUUUUGUUGUGGCCUUUAUGAAACUGUCAUUUAGAUUUAUAAUGUAAUUUUUAUUGCAUGUUGAACCACAAUUGUGAUAUCAUCUUGUCACAAUAUUUCAGCAGCACUAGUAAGUUCUCUUUUUUUCACCAUAACAUCAAAUUGAUAUGUGUUAAUUGUAUUGAGUUAAUGUUUUCUUAAGAUGGAUUUUUCUUUUAACAUUGGCGUAUAACUCUAAAAUAUGUAUUAAAAUAUAUAUUAGCCUUUCCACAUGAAAAUGCCGUAGAAAAAAUUGUUAAAUAUGAUCUUCACAUUAACAAAUGAAAAGCUUGUACAAGAAUAUUUCAUUAAGUUGUGGCAGUUUUGAAAAAGCUUCUGUGUAGUCAUUAAAGUUAUAGAGGAUAUUUGUUUAUGUCAGUGUAAGAUUGUUAUUUCACGAGUGAUCAUAGAAAAUAUAUUUUCACGAGUGGCGCAGCGUGAAAUACCAAACAAUCCUACACUAACAUGAACAAAUUUUCUUUUUUGCCCCUUUUUCAAGAAAAUAAUUAACAGCUGUUUCCCUUUCGCUGAAAAGUUACCCUUUCUCGGAGUUUCUCCCAUGGCGUGCCUCAAUACAUUUCAAAACAUAUAAUAACGUCAUAAGUGUGACAAAAUGAUGUCAUUAUACCACCAAAAUACUCCAGUUAAAUUCUUCACAAUGCUCUUUACAAUGUAAAUAAACGGUGAAAGAUCAUUAAAAUAAAAAGACAAUUUGUUUGAUUCGGUGGAAUGUUGAUUUUAAUUCACUUGUGAUCAUAGAAAAUAUACAUGAAAUUAUUUAUGAUAACUGCUGUUAUUUCACUGCAGGAAUGUCAUAUUUAACAUUAGGUAUAAAAGAAAUUAAAUUCUUCAAAUGCAUAACCUAUAUUACACUUUUUCAUGUAUAUAUCUUUUUAAAGUAAAAUUUAAAUAACUUGUAAAUCGUUCUCAGAAGGUUAUUUUAUUACUAGCUUUUCUGACUGAUAUUAAUUGAUUAUGUCAUAGAAAAUUGUAAUAUAAAUUUCAAAAAGCUUGUUGUCUUACAAACCUUGUUUAAAAAGCUCCAAGGGUAUCCAUUUAGCUGAGUUGGAACACCCUAACAGAAGUCGCAAAGGGUCAAAAGUUAUAAAGGGACAUAAGCCAUAAAGGCACAUAAACCCUUAGGUGUAAAUUUUUCAAUAAAAUGUAACUAUGAAAAUGCAUUUUUGCUCACUAUAUGAAUCACAUCACUUUUUGCCCAUUUUAUUCCUCAUCUCAUGGUUUGGCCUGAUGAAUUCAUGGUCUCAUGGUUUUGCUAUUCUACUUUUCUUAACAGGUGGUUCAGUCAUGGAUUUGUGACCUUAAACUUCUAGCCCUACCACAGAUUAGCUUCAAGGUGACCUUUGGAGGAAGCUGCAGUGACCUUCACCCAAUUACACAAAUUAUCCCAUGUUACUGUGAAAUGUUUUGCCAUUCUAGGCAUAAUUUAUGUUAAUAAUUUUCAUUAAAUUUUCUACCUAUUUUAUGUUUGCUGGCAAUGUGCACUUGCCUUUUUCUCCAUAUCUUUGUUAUAUGCUUUGUCUGGACUGCCUUACUGUUGAUAAUGUGCAAGUUUGGUGGUAUUGAUCCUGAUGUUGAGUUAUAAUGUGCAUGCUUUAUAUGACAAAAUUGGUUGUAUGCAACAUGAAAAGAAUGUUGUGUCUGUGAUGAACUAACGCAUGGCAUUGUAAAUACACAUCUAUAAGAUUGGUAUACUAAAUUUUACUCACUGCAUGCAUCUUAUGAAAUUUAACCUUUCAUUAAUAUGACUAGGAAAAUUGUCCAUGUGGUGACAGAAAGAUUAAUUUAUUUGAUUUGGAUCUGCUUUAUUUCUUGAGAGAAAACAAAGAAGAGUUUUUGCAUCUAUGAACUUAACACAUUGAUCAACCUAGUUUGAUGACAAGUCCAGCUUGUCUUACGCAAUAAAAUCCUUUCCCAAAAUGACGAUUUUCAAACUCCUGAUGAUAAAUGAAUUCUUGACAAUGAUUAAAGUUGUUGUUUUUGAAUGACCAAGUGCAAUGUUGUCACACAUUUUUAAGCAAUUUCUUUUCUUUUCUUUUUUUUCUUUACACAGUCCAGGCAUUGUGAUUAUGAAAGGUUGCAAAGAUAUUCUGAACCCAGUGAUCCUUCAUUCAAUGGCAUAUUGUGUGCCUUGAAGAUAUCAGUUUGCUGCUCAGAAGCGAAGUGAAAAUAAAAAUAUGCAAACAGCAUAAAACCAGAACAGCCGUCUAGUAACUCGCAGUUUCAGGUUUUGUGCCGUUUGCUUUAACUCCGUAUUAAAGGGUUAGAAAUGAAGCCUUAAUAACUUGAAUAAAUAAGAAAAGUUGUGCAAUUUAAUCUUUAAACCAACUACAAAGGUGUCAAAAUGGUUAACCAAGAAGGAAAUGAUAAGGAUUAAUACAGCUUAAAAUUGGAUUGAUUUCAUAUCAAUAUUGCAACCGUAUGGGUAAAGGUAAUAUCUAAUGUAUUGAAUUUGUUACUUUACAAUGAAAUUUAUAGAUUUGGAAGUAUAAAACAUUUGAUGUUUCCUGGAGAAAAAAAAUCAAUAUACCUCUUGUAUAUUGCCAGAUUGGUACCAUGUGCCUUCUAAUUUCAAUGUCACAUGGUAUCUUUUUGCACCAAUUGGGCGAUAUGAUAACCAGACAUUUUUGUUUAGGAUUUAAGUUUGCAACCGUCAUUGUCACUAGGCCUAGAUAUUUUUUAUUUUAACCACUUGUUCAUAGGUAUAGGUACCUGUUUUACUUACAUAUUCUUUAAACAAACACGGAAAUGUGUAGAUAAUAAAUUAUUUAUUUGUUCAUAAUAUUUUUACAGUAAUUUGUGUAUUGUUACUUGCAGUUAUUUGAUGCCUGAUUAAAACUUUUUUAUGUAUUUUACCUUUGAAAACGUUGCAGUUUAUAUAUUUAUAGUACUAUUUCAUGCAUUGCUUUUGUUUUCCAAAGUCAGAAUAAAAUGUGUGUAAAACAAAUGACAUCUGAAGUGAAAGUUGCAACAAAGGCAUAUUUGUCAUAUAUGUCAUUAACAUAAAUAAUGAAUACGAGAAUCUCUUUCAUGGAUUAUAAAACUUGACAUGAACUAGUACUCUUAUACUUUAUAAUAGCCAUAGAUUUUCUACAGGAAUUUUAAUUAUGUAAAGCCUUUUUAGAUUUGUGGGCUGUGUUAAGCUAUUGUUGUCGAACAAUUAAACUACAUUUUUAAGCCACAAACUUGUAUGUUCACAUUACAAUUAAAAGUAAUGCACAUUAGCACAUUCAUGAAAGAAAAGUUUGACUUUUAGGGCAAGUGAUUGUAAUGAAGAAAACGUUUAUUUAUGAAUUUCCGUUUUACAUAAGCAUUUUUUUCCAUGAAUUUACCCCUUUUCAUUUGGAUGCUUGUGAUCAAAUUGCAUGUACGACUAGAAUUUUAAUCAGGAGAAACAACAACUACUGUUACAUCGCUGUUGUGUGAAAUGUUUGAAUUUAUUCAUAAAUUAUUGCAUGAAUCAUUUGUGUUCAUUAAGAAUGGUUUAUGUUAAUUGUAAAUCUUGGUGCUACAGAGGUGUGUGUAUUCUGUAUUGAUGCUGGUUAAUCGUAGGAACAAAGCUUUAUAUGUUGAUUAAUUGUAUGAAAGAAGUUUUCAUGUGUUGAUUUGUUGUGGAAACAAAAUUAUUUGGUCAACUGCAAUCAAAUCAUGUCUAGAAGAUAGUAUAAAUGUUCAUGCUUUCAAUGUAUUUUAAAUAGACGUUCUUGUAACACAUUUGUCUGUGAUGUUUCUAGACAAUUAUAAUGUGAUGAUGCCCUGGGGCAGAAUGGUUUGACUUUUUUUAUUUAAAUGCCCAAACAUGUUAUAUAACCCUUUACCACUUAGAUACGUAUUUUGAUGCAUUUGUAGUCACUUAGAAAUUUAAAUUUAAUUAAAGACCUUUCUUACUAGAUUCAAGUUUCAAAGGCUUCAUUUCCAACCCUAAGAUACUGAUGAGCAGCAAACAGCAUAAAACCUGAACAGACUACCAGUUACUCCCAGGCUGUUCUGGUUUCAUGCUGUUUGCACAUAGCCAUUUUAACUUUGCUUCUGAGUGGGAAAGGGUUAAAUUGAUUGUAGUAUCAUCAUGACCAAGAUGAGUCAUGAAAUGAGCAGAGUAUUAAAUUUCAAGUAUGUACUUAUGUUGUGAAACAAUGGUCAAAUUAUAUUUUAUUGCAUUUGUAGAUUUUAAGUAGUGACAGAUUUAACAGCAAACAAAAAACAGUACAUGAACCCUUUCCCCCUCAGAAGCAUAGUUACAAUGUCUUUACAUGUAAAAAACAGUAUAAAACCAGGGGUCGUAUUUCAGAAACAUCUUAAGUCAUUUCUUAAAUAUUUUCACUUAAGAUCAAAAUUACAAUGUUUUGUAUUUCUUUACUAAAUAAUGAAAUACAUGUUUUUUUUGUAUUCCUAUAAUAAUAUUGGAAUAAUCAUGCUAUUUAAAUGUAUAUCUUGAUGCCAAUAUAUUGCAAUAUGAAAUGAAACACUUAUGAAAAUUACCAAAUUUAAGGAUAAGAAUAAAGUUUAACUUAAGAUGCUUUUUGAAUAUGACCACAGAACAGCCUUUUGUUUGGUGCUCUUCAGUUUAACCUAUUAUGAAAUGUCCUUAAUUUAAUUUAACUAUCUAACUAAGUGACUGCAAAUUGGUUCAAUGUGCACUUCUGAGAAAGAAAGGGUUUGAAACUCUUUUUGGUUAAAAAAAGCAACACCGUAACUUGUAUAGUGGAACAACAAGAAGUAUAGUUCAACAAGAAGUAUGGUUCAAACCAUGUUUUAUAGGCAACUCUCAUGAUUGUAAUCUAGGCUAUACAGUGUAUGUAUUAUAUGUGAUUUUUACCAGAAAAAUUGUCACAAUAUUUCCUGUGCAUGUAACCUUUGAAACCUGUGAUUAUUGGUUUCAGCAACUGUCAAAUGGUGUGAUCCACAUAUGUCGACAUUUCAGAGGAGAGAAUAUAAAUUUGAAAAUACACUGAA